AUGCAUUUGUCCCGCACGUUGCUUGUUUUGCGCGUCCUCUGUGCGUGUCACAUGACCACAUCCACCUGUGACGAGCUCCUGACUUCAGAAGAUGCUGCAUUCUGCAGGGGAGAAUUAAGGGUGAUUUACCCUGAUCUGGUUGUUGACAAAUGCAUGAUCGUCCUUCAGAGGAUCAGAGAGAAGAUCAGUCAGGAGUGGGGGGCACCUCAGUUACAACUGCCAAGCGCUGAUGAGAAGAAGAAAUACACUUUAUUAAUGGUGGAUCCAGAUGCUCCUAGUCGUCAGAAACCCUCUCGCUCUUACUGGAGACACUGGUUACUGGUUGACAUUAAGGGGGAAGCUCUAGAGAGGGGAGAUGUCAGCGGUGUUGAACUAUCCGUAUACACCCGUCCCACUCCACCCCAAGGCAUUGGACUCCACCGCUACCAGUUCCUCGUAUUUGAGCAGCCUGAAGGCCAGAGCUUGUCCCUCAGCCCACAGGAGAAGAGCUCACUGGGUAACUGGGAUCCGCAGGCAUUUGUUGAAAAGUUUGGUCUGGCUAGACCAGUAGCGUCACUCCAGUUCCUCACCCAAAACCACAAGGACUAGAGGACACCUCCAACCUACCUGCCACUCAACUUUGACCUCUGGCUUUCACACACUCUAUGGCUUGGUUUUCUCCCAGUAUCCAGAAUGAAUGUAUUGCACCUUAGUAUUUAGGUGAAU